AUCUGGAGCAUAAUUUAGUUAGCAUACAACAGCCGUCGCAGUCGUCGCGUAUCCUCCGCACGUCGUAACGCACUGCUCCCGUGCUCGUCGUCGUGAACGAGCAUUCACGAGAACCUGGAAAGAUUUUGGUUUUGUCGAUUUUUUUGGGGAUCCCUGGCGGACCCGCGGGCUGAUUAGUGACUGCUCCCCACUUGAGAAACGUUCUAGUGAACGCAGUUUCGUGAAAAACGCUCACGCCGAUCGAUUUAAUGUUUUUGUUUACGAGCCAGAGCCAGCGAGCUCAAGACUCGUGAGUGUGAAGGAAAGCUUGGUUGGUCGUUUUUGUGUCUGUGUCCGUCCCGGGACGACGACCCGCAUGUGUCACUGUCAAUAUUUGCCGUCAAGAGACGGUCACGGCUUACUACGGUAAAGUGGAGAGAAUUUUCCAAAGGGCACCAGGGCAAGGAUGUGCAUCGCUGGUGAGGAAGAGCAGCAGCAGCAGUGAGGAGAGCAAACAUAGAGGCCAGAAAAGUCGAGGAAAAUUCUCCAAACUGUGGAGGGAAAUGAAGAGUUUGGGGAAGUUUGCAUCAAGGUGAAACGCGGGAACAACACGGUGGGGGUGAAAAGUUAGACAUAACCUACAAAAUUUGAAGGUGAAAAUUCGGCCGCCGCAGAGAGAACAGAGCAGAAGAACGAAUUUAAAGUUUUUCCCAACUCGUGGACCGUUUUGGGCAGGUUGAAUCCAGUGCUGCAACAAAAACGCCGGGAAAGAAGCUCGACACUGCUCAAAAGAAAAUUCAGCAAAACAAGAAAAGAAGUGUUUUUGAAGGCGCGUCAAAGGGGGGAAAAUUAAAAUACAACACGGCGCGCAGAAAUUCUGAUUGGACGCUUCAACUUUGUGUAGUGCUAAAAAAAAAAGUGAGUGAAUUCUGACGUGAGUGGUUCGCAACGAGGAGGGCAAAGGAAGAUACAAGUUCGACAACAGUGAAACUGUGCCAAAUGUCCCUCAACUGAAAGCAGCGCCGAGAGUUGAUGUGAAGUUGUGGUGUGCCAAAAUCAAACGAAACACACACACAAAGGAGCAGCAGCAGCAAAGAGAGUGUGAAUUCAAGUGAAAAACCGGAAAAUUAAGUUUAGAAGCAAGCAAAACACAACAUCGCAACGCUUAGCCACGUGGAAGAAUAAUUGGAUAAUUGAGUUUGGAGCCAACGAGACAGAAGAAACGAGCAAAGAAAAACAAGGAGAAGAGUACGACAGAGUUUGAAGGAUCUUCCGGAGCAGCGCUGAAAUCGAUGUCAAGACUGGCUGCGUACUUCUCGGAACAUGAUGCACGAUCUGAGUCACUAAUCGAUCGUCGAUCUGCUACAACGCCGCCCCAAAGCGAUCUGCAAUGUCGCUAAAUCGGUAGCAGAUCCAUCCCGAUAAGCACUACUCUUUUGAGCACCCACACAUCUGUAAACUUUAAUUAACGCACAACGCGAGUCUGGUCCGAACCGUGUUCCGUAAAAGGAAUCGGAUCAUCGAACCUAAAACACAACCAAUUUCUCCGAAAAAAUGACGACGGUACGAAACCUCAUACUAGUCGCACUGCUGACCAUGAUCCCCGCUGGACGGGGUGCCAAGGUGGUCCACACCGGAGUGCAACGAUUCGCAAUGGAACCACAGGAUCAAACGGCGAUCGUCGGGUCCAAGGUGACCCUGCCCUGCCGGGUCGAGUCCAAGGUCGGUCAGCUGCAGUGGACCAAGGAUGACUUUGGGCUCGGCUGGCACCGCAACCUGAGCGGCUUCGACCGAUACUCCAUGAUCGGUAGCGACGAGGAGGGCGACUACUCGCUCGAGAUCUACCCGGUGAUGCUGGACGACGAGGCGCGCUACCAGUGCCAAGUGAGUCCCGGAAAAGAUGGAACCCCCGGAAUACGAUCGCGUUUCGCUUCGAUCACGAUUUUGGUUCCUCCGGAACCCCCAAAGAUCAUCCAGGGAGAUUUCCUGGUAACGACCGAGGAUCGCGAAAUCGAACUCGAGUGUGUCUCGGUCGGAGGCAAACCAGCUGCCGAGAUCACCUGGAUCGACGGUCUGGGUAACGUCAUGACCAAGGGAAUCGAGUACGUCAAGGAACCCUUGACCGAUACCGGCCGUUACACGGCUAAAUCGAUCCUGAAGCUGACCCCCAAGAAGGAGCAUCACAACACUUCGUUCACUUGCCAGGCCCAGAACACGGCCGAUCGGACGUACCGAUCGGUGAAGCUAAAGCUCGAGGUCAAGUACGCGCCCAAGGUUAGCGUUUCCGUCAUUGGCGGAGCGCUGGCCGGUGGUCGGAUACCGGAGGGGGCCGAAGUGCGCCUGUCCUGCCACGCCGACUCCAACCCGAACGACGUAAGCUACAAGUGGUACAUCAACGACGAGCUGGUCGUUGGAGACUACACUACGGAAAUGAUCAUUCACAACGUGUCGAAAAAGUUUCACGACGCGGUCGUAAAGUGCGAAGUUCACAACGCCGUUGGCAAAAGCGAGGAGAGCGAAAUCCUCGACAUCAGCUACGGCCCCACGUUCCGAUCGCGACCAAAGUCUGUUGAAGCCGAUCAGGACCGACCGGUUACUCUUUCCUGUGACGUCGAUGGAAAUCCCCAGCCGGAAGUCAUCUGGAUCCACGAAGAAUCUAACAGAGUGGUUUCGACGACCACCAACAUCACAAUCGUUGCGUCACGAGAAACCGCCGGAAACUACUUCUGUAAAGCUAGCGUGAUGGGAUUCCCGGAGAUCGAAACCGUAGCGUCGGUUUACCUCAAGGGUCCGCCCCAGAUCCGAUCGCAACGGGCGCAGUACGGUGCCGUCAACGACAACUCCCAAAUUCAGUGCGAAGCAAUCUCCGUGCCGAAAGCCAAGCAAAUCAUCUGGACUUACAACGGGCUGGAAAUCACCAACGAAAACGACUACACGAUCCUCGAAAACCACCAACCGGAGGGCGUACGAUCGACGCUUAUCAUCAACAACAGCCAGAAACAGCACUUUGGCGUGUACAACUGCACCGUGAUCAACGAGUACGGCAUGGACUCGAUCGAGAUCGACUUCAAAGUUAGCAAAGACACAAUCCUACUGCCCGUGAUCAUCUUCGGCUCAAUCGGAGGCUUCAUUCUGGUGAUCAUCAUGAUCAUCAUAGCGAUGUGCUUCUGUGUCAAGAAGAGCAAAAAGAAGCUACCGCCGGCGGAUGUAAUUCCUGAGCAACACUACAUCACCGAGAAGGCGUGCAAGGAGAGCGAUCGGUCGUCGAACGUGAGCGACCUGAAGAUCGACCGCGACCACGAGUACUCGGAGACGUGCUCGGGCACGGACAGCAUCGCGACGCGGCUCGCGAUGAACAUCCUGGGGUCGUCCAGCGGGGGAAGCAACAACAGUGGCGGCAACAAUGGUUCCGGCGGCGGCGGAGGGGUUCCGCUGGCGGGACCGGUGCGGAUUCCGAGUGAUUAUCGCUACUCCGGCGACUUCACGGACGGUCUCGGCACGCUCCAGUCCAAGAUCGGCCAGAGCAAUGGCGGCUACGUGCCGUACGUUGACUACGCGCACGACUACAACAUGCCGCUGCACGUAAACACCAGCAGCCAGAGUCACCACCAGAUGCCAAACGGGAACCUCAGCCUGACCCGGAACCGGCUUGAGCUGCGGCAGGACAACGGACUGCCUAGCAUCGGCAACGGUAUGGGCUCGCUGUCCAACAGUCUAAUGAAUACUUCCCUGAUGACUGCGCCGAGCAUAGAUCCGCGGUACAGCGCAACGUACGGCAAUCCGUACCUGCGGAGUAGCACGGCCCAGCUGCCGCCACUUCCACCGCCGAGUACGGCCAAUCCGGCGGUCACUCCGGCCCCGCCACCGUACAGUGCCGGUCGCGGGCAGCAGAACUCGCUGCUCUCGAUGGGUGUCAAUCUGGGCGUCGGCAACGGCCCGUUACUUAACAACGGUGGCAGCAUAGUCGGCAUCACGUCCGGCCUGACGAGUCCCGAGUCAAUUCGGUCUUCGUCUACAGCGGCGGCCAACUCCAGCAUGGAUCAGACCUCCCAGCAGAGCAGCCAACCAACGCCGACACUGCCCACGCAGUCCGGAGCGAGUCCCGGCCCGGGGCAGUUUAUUCUUCCAGCUAACGGGGAUCUGCGGAAGGGUGCCCUGGCGACCCACGUUUAGCGUAAGCGUCGCGGAAUCCCGUCGUUAUUUACUGCCUCCUCAGCUUAGGUGUGUUUUAUGAGCAAAUUUCCCCCAAGUCAAGGACGAGCGCCCGCGAGGGAGGUUUCAAUGUGAUACAAGUAACCUAGGAUUAUCCUCAUUGUUUUUAUUUAUUAUCUCUCUAUCUCCUCAUUGUUACUGCAUCACGUUCGAAAGCGCAGCAAACAGACAUCCAUGCAACCAUUUGCAUUUUCAUGUUAUUGUUUACGUUAAAGAUGACAGCUCUCUUCUGCGAUAGCAGCGUCUCAAACGGACUAACGUUGCAACUUUCCAAACAAGUAGGCUGUGGUUCGAGCUGGGAUGUCUGUUCUCUGUUGCUAACAUUUCCAACAACAAAAAAAACGAAUAGUUAACACUGAAACGUACUUUACAAUUCCCAGAGUAGUUCCUUUUGUUGUUACACAACUGUGUUGUUACUAAAUUCAUAGCAACAAAGUCUAACUUUUAACACGUUCUACGCGAAACGCAAAAAAAAAAUUAGAUGAAAUCGAAAGUAAAGCUCGCCGAUGUCGCUCGUCCUGUCUGGAGUGGAAAACAAAACUUGCUCUACUGCCCCUCUUAUUCAUGCUGCCCCCCUCCACCUUGUAUGUAUGUGUGAUCCUCACCCCCUCCCAACCAUCCGCAACGCUUCGCCUUCGCCAAUGUCGCCACCCCCUCCGUUCAGUGCGCGCCGCCCUCCGUUUAAAGAGAGAGAGACAGACGUAACAAUCUUCUUCUUCUUGUGUAAAAGAGAGACGAAAAUGCGUGGCCUUAUUAAUCGAAACAAAGAGAAAAUUAUAUGAAGAAACGUGAGAAGAAGAGAUAACCAAAAACAAAGAGAAAAAUUGGAUAGUGUUUUAUCUUGAAACUUGUUCUUAGCGAAGUCUGUAUUAAUCGAAAAUUCGAAAUUUUAUCGUAGCUUAAUGACAAAACAAAAUUCGGCUUGAGCUUUAAAACUUUGUAGCAGAGAUAUAAAAAUACACUCAACGGAAAAAAAAGAAAUUCGCUGUAUUAUGAAAGUAUCGGGAAAAUCAAUCUGUAAUGCAUUUUUUAGAAAACGACACAAAAUAAAAAAAAACUCAGCUGAGAUAGCGCGUACGCUUGGAAAUUGUUAUCGAUAGUGAAGCUAUUUUAACACACAAAAAAUAUCCUUUUAAAAAAGGGCAGAGAAAGCGCCGAAAAAAAUGUUGCAUUUGUGGUUUGAGCUUUUAAAAAUAUUGCCAGAGCGUAAAAUUGAACGAGAUUUAGCAAAAAAAAAAACUAGAAACGAAACCGGUGUACGACAAAGUUUCCACUUAAGAAGCAGCUCCCCUGCAGAGGACGACGCUGUCGGGAGAUAAGAUGUAGAAACAAGAUUUCAUAUACGUAUUAAGUUUUUGCCAACGCUCCCGCACUACUCCCACGCCCCUACUCCUCCUCCCACUUAACAGAUAAAAAUCCCUUUUAAAACGAAAGCAUUCAGCUCUCACUCUCGCGAAACGACGUCGAGUACGCUGCAGCAAAGCGUCGCGACGGCGAUGGAGACAACGACGCAGCGUUACACACAGACACACACAUACACAAGGACACACUCAGUUGAGUAGGAAACGAUUGUUGUUAAUUUCGUUCAUAAGUUGAACUAAUAAAUAGAGAACAUUUAAUUCGAUGCAAAAUCAUUUGAAAUGGAUAAAUCAAAGUAAAUAAUAAAAAUAAAAAGUUCUUUGACAUAAAAAAAAAUCAGAAAAAUCUUCGAAAUGUAGAUACAAUUUGACCAUUCACAUUUUUCUCAAUUCGCUAAUCAAUUUGAUAAUUUUUGUUUUCUUACCGUGAAAAUUGAUGGUCAAAAUGAUUUUUUUCUCAAGUUUGAAAAAAAAAACAUUUUUUGCCUAACUCCACAUUGUUCCUUACAACGUUCAAUUUUAGAGAUUCCAGGUGGACCUGCCUGCGCGUCUCCCUCGCCCGCCGUUCGUAGUGGAGCACACACAGAGCAUCGCUCAGGUACAAUGCAAUGUGCAGCUGGGCAGUAUCAGCAACACACAGCAAGCACAGGGUGUUCAGUGCAUCUGAUUUUCCCUUCUGCUGGGAAACUCAGCAGCUCUCAGAAGAAAACGAGAUGAAAACUCUGACAGUCAUUGCAUUUAAUGUGCAGAAACAGAAGCAGCAGAAGAAGAGUUGAAACCACGGUGGAAAUUGAAGCUAGCAUUACAAAGAUGAUUGAGCAUUAGGCAAAAAAAGAAGAAAAACGUACUCCGAGUUUGCGAGUGUGUAAUAUACCAAAUUAUUUUUUAUUAUCGUUUAAGUUUUAGACAAACCAACAAGAGGAGAACACAAACACAAUUAUAAGAGAUAUUACGAGAUGAGAGCAAAGAUCCCCCUUGACUGAUAAGUAGUUAUUCUUUGAAGGUAUAUAUAUACAUAGCUAGUGGUUUAAGUACUUAGUUAAAAUAUUAUACAGUUUUCGCUGAAACAAGUAUAGAAGAAAAGAACAGAAAACAAAACAAAAAUAUUGCAAAGAAACAGAGAGAAAAGAGUAUAUCAAAUCUAUAUCAAAACCCCCCUCUAUGGAAUUGUACAUAAAGCCGAGAUUUUAAAACACGAAAUGCAAAUAUUACUUCUAGUGAUCUGAGAUACUUUUUAGAUAGUGCAAGUAAACGAAUCUUUGUAAAAAAACUGAACCUAUACUUCAUUAGAGUUGUAAACCCCUGUCAAUUGUAUAUAAUAAACAAACAGAAUCUCUCUAUAGGCCAUAAGGAUUUGAAGUCAAUUGAUUCUCAUCUAGAUAAAAAGGAAAAAAAAUAAACGAAAUGCUGAUUUUGACGAAAUAAA